AUGUCUGCUUCUCUUAUUCUAGUCACAGUCAUUUUGGCAUCACUAUCCUUUCUCCUCGCCAAGCACAUAUCAGGAUCUAAGAAACCCCCCUUGCCACCUGGUCCCAAAGGUAUACCACUCUUGGGCAAUGUCCGCGAUCUCCCACCACCCGGGACCCUAGAAUGGCCUCACUGGCAGAGCCACAAAGAGAAAUACGGUCCGAUAACUUCAGUUACUGUGCUCGGACAGCGCUUUGUCAUUCUGCAUGAUAAACAGGUCAUUAUGGAUCUUCUUGAGACUCGAGCGAUGAAGAGUGCUUCACGGCCCAAGCUGGUCUUUGCUGGGGAUAUCGUCGGGUACGAUGGUGUCAUGGGCCUGAUGCCGUACAAUCGAAACUUUCGAAUGCAUCGCAAACUCACAGCCACCCAAGUCAGCCCCAAAUCCAUCACCCGCUUCGAGACCAUUCAAGAACUAGAGAUCCUCAGACUGUUGAAGAGACUCCAUCAAGAUCCCAGCAGUCAGAAUCUUCCAGACCAUUUGAACCAAGUAUCCGGCUCAAUCAUGCUCCGCAUCCUAUACAACUACGAAACGGACCCCGACAGAAGCGAGCACAUCGUCACCAUGGCUAAUCUCGUGAUGGAAGAGUUUUCUCAAGCUACAGCUCCAGGUGCAUGGAUGGUAGACUUCAUUUCAUGGCUUCGAUAUAUUCCGGAGUGGAUGCCCGGCGCUGGGUUCAAGAAGACUGCUAAGCUCUUCAGGCAGCAUCUCCUGCAGAACGUCCAAGAUCCUUACCAAUACGUGAGAGAUCAGAUGACCAGUGGUAAGGACGAUGUUUCCUACGUCGCUGGUCUCAUCAAGGACGUUCACCGUAAGAUUGAUCCUGAGGAAGAGAGUGUCAUCGCAUGGACUGCCGCGUCGAUGAUGAACGCAGGGACCGACACCACCGGCGCAACACUUCUCGCCUUCUUCGCAGCCAUGCUUCUCUACCCCAAUGCCCAAAAGAAAGCCCAAGAAGAAAUCUCUCGCGUCACCGGAGAUUCACGCCUCCCCUCCUUCACCGACAAGCCAAACCUUCCAUACAUCACCGCCAUAGCUCAAGAAGUACUCCGCUGGCAUACCCUCGCCCCAAUAGGUUUCCCGCACAUGACGACAGAAGAUGAUACAUACCGCGGGUACUUCAUCCCCAAGAACACUCUUCUCUUCCCAGCGGUAGCAUCUCUCACGCACGAUCCUGAGGUCUACCAUGAUCCAAUGGAGUUCAAGCCAGAACGGUAUUUUGAGCCGUUUAAUGAGCCUUCACCGUCGGAUCUUGUGUUUGGGUUUGGGAGAAGAGCGUGUCCGGGGCGUUGGAUCGCUGAGCAGACUUUGUUCUUGAGUAUUGCGCAGACAUUGGCGGUUUUUGAGAUUAAGAAAGAGUUGGAUAGGGAGGGCGAGGAGAUUAAGGUUGGCUAUGAGCAGUUGCCGGGCGUUAUUUCUCGUGUCAAAUCUUUUCCGUGUAGGAUUGUAGUUAGGAGUGAGGAAUGCAGAAAGUUUGUAGAGUAG